GCCAUGUGUGGUGUUUCUGGCUGCUUAAUCUUUCUUAUCCUCCUUCUUGGCUUUUCUUCUAUGGCCUGUGGCAGGUGCGUCCACCGAUCCAAGGCUGGAUACUUCUCUUCUCUUUCUGCUCUUUCUGCUGGGACUUGUGGAUAUGGUUCCAUGACUUUGGGACUCAGUGGAGGCUAUGUCGCUGCUGCAAGCUCCGCUCUUCUCAGAGGUGGCGUUGCCUGUGGAGCAUGCUUCCAGGUGAGGUGUAGGAACACGAGGAUCUGUAGAGGAGGAGGGGUCAAAGUGAUCCUCACGGACCUUAACGAGAGCAAUGACACCGAUUUGGUGCUAAGCAGACCGGCUUUUGUGGCCAUGGCACGGCACUCGGCGGUCGGAGAGCUGGAGAAACUUGGCACUGUGGAUGUAGAAUACAAGAGGAUUCCAUGCGAACACACGAAGAACUUAUCUAUCAAAGUGGAAGAGAAGAGCCGAAGUCCCAAUGUUUUGGCCAUCAAGUUCCUGUACCAGGGAGGUCAAACUGACAUAGGAGCAGUGGAUGUUGCACAG